GUGCUCACAUUUGCCCGCGCCGACUAGCUGCGCGGAGUGAAAUCUGAUCCCUCCCUCUCUCUCUCUCUCAGCCGUUGGCUGUGCUCUGGCAGUUAAAGUCAGCGAGCCAAGCUUUCACACACAUACACACACACACUCUCACUCAUAAGACAGCGUAAAGGGGGAGAGAGCUGCUUCAACACACACACACACACACACACACAGAGAACAAGCAGCAAUCCCUGAGGAACAGUGUCUGCUCUGAACACAGUGAAGAAACAACAGCCAUCUCUUGAUCUCCUAACCUGGCAUCUCUCCCUUCAAGGCUAAGUGCGGGCUAGAAAAAGAAGAACAACCAACAUUUAUUUGUGCUUCUUUAAGGCAACCUGAGAGGCUCAAGGAGGCAAGUUGAAGAGAAAAUGUACAGAGAUCUCCAGUGAACAGAUCUAGGAGGUGUUACAGACUGAGUCAAUGAGGCACGGGGCGGUUCGGGCUGACUUGCCGUUCCUGGAGCCGCUGACAAGUUUCCAGUCCGCGGGCUUCACGCUGGAUUUACAAAUGACUUGAAAAUUUUCUCGACUUCUCGUUUUUGCUGCUGAAUCCGCUGGAGGGGGAGACCCUUGAAGGGAGAUUCCGGACUGAAUCGGAUCAACAGUUCGGGAGCAUCAGCUUACUGACCACUUGGCGCCAGCAGUUGUCAGUGGAAUUGUGGUGCUCAUGCCUGUGAAACACACGUGCAGAUGAUGUCUGAAGCUGGACAGGGCACUAAGAGUCGGAUUGGUGGCCGUUCUGGAGGAAUGAUCGCCCUGUGGUACGCACUUUGCCUCUGUUUAGUCACUGUCACCAGCGUCCACGCGGCCAGGCUCCGUAUUUCAGAAGCUCCGGAAAAAUCCACCCGCCGUCCUCCCUCAGGGACAGAUUCUUUGGGAAGCCAGCACAACAUUCCGAAAGAGUCCAUUUUCAGCAAUGGGGACACACUGGAUCUGACUUGCAAUUCCCAAGGUUCCUCAGUGGCUACGGUGUGGUUUAAAGAUGGACUUCGAAUUCUGCCUAACAACAGAACCCAAGUUGGACAGAGAGUGCUGAAAGUUAUCAAUAUUUCCUAUGAUGACUCAGGAGUUUAUUCCUGCAAACUUUGGGGCACCAGUGAGAUCCUGAGAAACUUCACAAUAAAAGUCACAGAUUCUUUGUCUUCAGGUGAUGAUGAAGAUGAUGAUGACGGAUCAGAAGAUGCAGGAGCUCCAUACUGGGCCCGGCCCGACCGGAUGGAGAAGAGACUUCAUGCAGUGCCAGCGGCUAACACUGUUCGCUUCCGGUGCCCUGCCGCAGGAAACCCCACUCCCACCAUCCACUGGCUGAAGAACGGCAAAGAAUUCAAGGGCGAGCACCGCAUCGGGGGCAUCAAGUUACGACACCAGCAAUGGAGUCUGGUCAUGGAGAGUGUCGUCCCCUCGGACCGUGGCAACUACACAUGCGUCGUCGAGAACAAAUAUGGCAGCAUUAGCCACACCUACCAGCUGGACGUCCUUGAAAGGUCUCCACAUCGGCCUAUCCUCCAGGCUGGGCUGCCAGCAAACCAGUCGGUGGUCGUGGGUAGUGAUGUUGAAUUCCACUGCAAGGUCUUCAGUGAUGCACAGCCACAUAUCCAGUGGCUGAAGCACGUGGAAGUGAAUGGCAGCAAACUGGGUCCAGAUGGAGCUCCCUAUGUCAUGGUGCUGAAAAACAGGAUGAGGGCGAGUAUCUGUGUAGAGCCACCAAUUUCGUUGGCACGGCUGAAAAACUGCAUUGGCUUUACGUCAACAAACCGAAACCAGACUGCUGGUAUUAACACAACGGAUAAGGAAAUUGAAAUUCUGUACUUGCGAAAUGUUACUUUUGAGGAUGCUGGGGAGUAUACCUGCUUGGCCGGUAAUUCUAUUGGGUAUUCGCAUCACUCUGCAUGGCUGUCCGUUCUGCCAGCAGAAGACUUGGUGAAGGAGGAUGAUUCAAACUCAGUCUAUGCUGACGUCCUUAUCUAUGUAACUGGCUGUGUCCUUAUCAUACUGACUGUUAUUAUAGUGAUCAUGUGCAGAAUGAGAACAUCCUCAAAGAAAACGCUGAACCCACCACCUGUGCAGAAGCUCUCCAAGUUCCCACUGAAGAGACAGCAGGUGUCCUUGGAAUCAAACUCCUCCAUGAACUCCAACACACCAUUGGUGCGAAUUGCCCGCCUAUCCUCCAGUGAUUCCCCGAUGCUGGCCAAUGUCUCUGAACUGGAGCUUCCUGCUGAUCCCAAAUGGGAGUUUCAACGCCCAAGGCUGACUUUGGGAAAGCCAUUAGGCGAGGGCUGUUUCGGUCAGGUUGUCAUGGCAGAGGCCAUUGGCAUCGAGAAAGACAAGGCCAACAAACCUAUCACCGUUGCUGUCAAGAUGCUGAAAGACGAUGCCACUGACAAAGACCUGUCUGACCUGGUGUCAGAAAUGGAAAUGAUGAAGAUGAUUGGAAAACAUAAAAAUAUUAUCAAUUUGCUUGGAGCCUGCACUCAGGAUGGUCCGCUCUAUGUCAUCGUUGAGUAUGCAUCGAAAGGCAACUUGCGGGAAUACCUGAAAGCCCGACGACCCCCUGGCAUGGAUUAUUCUUUUGACACGUGCAAAGUGCCAGAUGAACAGCUAACCUUCAAAGAUCUCGUAUCUUGUGCCUACCAGGUGGCACGUGGCAUGGAAUAUCUAGCUUCUCAAAAGUGUAUUCAUCGGGAUCUGGCAGCCAGGAAUGUGCUAGUGACGGAUGACAAUGUGAUGAAAAUUGCCGACUUUGGCCUGGCCAGGGACGUGCACAACAUCGACUACUACAAGAAAACAACAAACGGGAGGCUGCCAGUGAAGUGGAUGGCUCCUGAAGCUCUCUUCGACAGAGUCUACACCCACCAGAGUGACGUCUGGUCAUAUGGAGUCCUGUUGUGGGAGAUCUUUACACUGGGAGGAUCCCCUUACCCCGGAAUCCCAGUAGAGGAGCUCUUCAAACUGCUGAAAGAAGGCCAUCGAAUGGACAAGCCAGCAAAUUGUACCCAUGAGCUGUAUAUGAUAAUGAGGGAAUGCUGGCAUGCCAUCCCAUCACAAAGACCGACAUUCAAACAGUUAGUUGAAGAUCUUGACAGGGUCCUGACGGUGACAUCAACGGAGGAGUACCUCGAUCUGUCAGCACCUUUUGAGCAGUACUCGCCAACAUGCCAAGAUACUCACAGUACGUGUUCCUCCGGAGAUGACUCCGUUUUUGCCCAUGAUGCUUUGCCUGACGAACCUUGUCUUCCCAAGCACCAGCAGUGCAAUGGUGUCAUCAAAACAUGAGACUUAUUUGAGGCAAAGAGAAACAGGACUAUAGAAUGCUGAAUCACGGACAAUUCAUACUGAAGGAAAUACACUGUAUCAUCUGGGACUCCUGUCCUCACUUUACUUCCCAUCAUUUUUGAGCCUUACAUCUUCAAAUGCUGGACCCAUCUAAAACAAAAAGUACUGCUCAGCAUGAAGAAACCAUUUUACUUUUGGAAAACAGAAACAGAAAUGAAAUAUUUUGCAAAAAAAACCCAGAGUUGAUUAAUCUUGACCUCUGGCAUUAUGACUGCUAAAGGAACCAUUCUGUGCCUAAGUUGAAAAGUGCGAGCUAAAGAAAGGAAAGUGAAACAAAAGACAAUUAUUUUUCUUUACAAAAGAGCAUUUAAAUACUUUUUAUUUGAGUGAAGCUGCAGAUUGCAGGAGAGUUGUAAAUAUAUAAAUAUGAAUAUUGUAUGAUAAUGUUUUUAAAAAAAGACAGUUGUAUACAUAUGAUUUGCUUGUUUAGAAAAAUCACAAAUAUAAACAUGGCUACAACUAUGAGGAAGCAAAUCCUAAAGUCAUUGCAGUCUAGGAUAUUCAGUAUUAAUCUGGAAAUUAUUAAAGAAACACAUUGUGUAGUGAGUGAGGGGUAAAGUAGUUCAAAAACCAUUAAUUAUUGCAAUCUGAUUAGCAAACUGUAUAUUUGUAAAGUUGUUCAUAGACUUUAACUAUCAUUUUGGUUAAGAGAUUUAUGAGUAUAUAGCUUAUUUACUAAUUACUGUACACAUCUAUAGUUACCUAGGUUCUUAAUUUUUGUUUUACUUGUUUAUAAUUUUUAAUUUAUUACCCGUUUAAAAUUGGUUAGACACAGAAGUAGAUUAUGGUUCAAGAGGAAAAAAAAUUAGAAUCAAGUUUUCAGAUGCCAUGUAAAAUGAACAUUGUCAGUUUUAAUUUUAGAUUGCAAUGAUUUUUUUUCUGUUAGUUAGAAAUUUGAUCCUCGAAUUGUACUGACUUAUCAUAACAAAUGAAGGUUUGCCCUUUGUGGCUGAUUUUUGAUCAAAACACAACAGAGCUGGAGUGUUGACUAUGAAUGUUAGCCACAUGGUGUGGAUCUGGUGCCUUCCUGGCAGCUGCCCUGUGAAGGAGAGCUGACUUUGCUGCCUAGGACAGUUGCAGAUGUGUGUGAAGUGCUCAUACUGAAUACCUGUUAGAAUCAGAGUGCGGCGAUGGAUUUUGGUCUUCCAGAGCUGGGCUUGUGUCUGGAGAGAGCAUUUUCUCGGCUUAUUUACACGUCGGGUCAGAUUCUGAUGCCUGUUAUGGCUGGGGGAGUAUGACAUCACGAACCAAGCACCCCGUAUGAAAGGAGCAUAUUGCUCAACGUUAAAGCAGAUUGACAUACCUAUGAUUUACAUUUCUUUUCCCCACCCCCCAACCCAUCUUGGCCCCCAUAGGGUAACGGUGCCAAAAUUGGACAAGUGACAGCACUGAAUGUGCAAGUGUGUUGAGGUGUUGUGCUGGCACUUUGUAUUGUUGUAACGAGAGGGUGCAAUGACAGUGAAUGUCCAUAGCAUGAGAAAAAGAAUUGCCAGUCAAUCAAUCUCUGAUGUCAGUCAUACUUUUGUGGCUUGCAAGUCACUCCCUUCUCUUUAUGCAGAUCGUGCCACAAGCACAACUUAUGUGGUGCAAUUUAAAUGUAACGUGCAAUUUUGCAGAGAAUUCAUUUGAGGUAAAGCCUUUUUUACAUAAAAAAAGAAAAAUGACUAGAACAGAUGGCCAAAUAGGUAACUGUCAGUUACCUUUGUAGUAGACCAAGAAAACUUCUAACCCAGAAUAAAGUUCUCUUUGAUUUUAAGUAGGAUUCUGCAGAUGAAACAAAAUCAAAGAAAAAGUUUGGUGGGAUUCCUGCUAAAAUCAAUUAAAAUUCAAUUUGCCUCCCUUAAAUUUUAUUAGGACCGUAAAGCUCUUACUCUGUAGAACUACUAAUUUACUAGAUUGAUCUUAUCUGUUAACUCUUUGAUACAAAGGUAGGAGUCCUGUAGCUGUGUAAUUUUUGUAAAAUGAAAAGACACUUUGUUAUUUUCUUACCGAUCGCUGUUGUUGUACAUUCCAGGUACCUAAUGGUUAAAAAAAAUCUUUUCCAAUAUUUGAAAUUUGUGCAUGAUUUACAAAAAAAAGAACUUAGAUAUAUAUCUAAUUUAUUGAGCUUUUUUUUUACAAAAUAUAUGUAUUGUAGCUUUGACUGAACUUAACAUUUGAUAUCCAGUUCCCAUUAUGUAGAUGUAAUAGUAUCAAGCAUUACGGGCAAUAGAUGAGAUCCCUAAUUUGUUUUGUGGUUAAUUUGAACCACUGCCUAUAAUUCAUACAUUCACACUCUUAGUAGACAGAGGUAAGCUGAUGGAAAACUGUAAAAUCCACAUUCAAACCUAUUUGCCUGCCUGAAGCCUGUAAAAGGUCACAAACGGUUGUGUUGGAGUUUAAAAAGAAACUAGCACUGAACAAUAUCUGUCUGCCUUUAUGAAACUUUGUUAUUAACAUGGAACUAUUCCAUUCCACAAAAAUAAAAGGAUAUUGUUUUCAAA